GCUAUGUCAGUGCUUCACCAGGGAAGUACUGCGUACAGGAAGUCACUACAUGUUUAGGGAAAUAAUACAUUGUUUUACUCAAUGAAAACAAGUCACAGUUAAGGGAUUAGAAUGUCUUCUGAAAUAGAUAAAGAACUAUUGGAUCUAGUAUGGGGGAGAAGGACCAGCAAUGGUGGGCUUUCUGAAACGGUAUUUCGCAGAUGGACUCAAGGUUUUGUAUUCAGUGAAGCUGAGCCAUCUGCAUUGGAACAGUUUGAAGGUGGUCCUUGUGCUGUAAUUGCACCUGUUCAGGCUUUUCUUUUGAAGAAUAUUUUAUUCAGCUGUGAAAAUUGUAACUGGAGAGUUUGCCAGGAGGAAGAACGCAAGACCAUCCUAUGCCAUACUCUGUGUGAGAUUCUUGAAAAUUCUUGCAAAGGAAAAUCCUGUUGUUUAGUUACGUGGUCAAGAGAAAAGACAACUGAAAGGGAUACUGGUGGUAGCAAUGAAGAACCAAGUCUUGAAAAUGAGAGACUGCAGUCUUCUGCCUUGGCUGCUGAAGAGCUUGGCUUUGAGCGAUUUCAUGCAUUAAUUCACAAAAGGAAAUUUAAAGGUAUUUCUGAGCUAAAAGAUGUGCUUCUCGAUCAGUGUGACAUAUGGAAGAGCAAAUAUGGGGUGCUGCUGUUUUUGUAUUCCGUUAUUCUAUCAAAGGGCAUUGGAAACAUUAAAAAUGAAAUAGAAGAUGCCACUGAGCCAUUAAUAGACCCUGUAUAUGGUCAUGGAAGUCAAAGCUUAAUCAGUCUGUUGAUAACAGGACGUGCUGUUUCCAAUGUAUGGGAUGGAGACAGAGAAUGUUCUGGAAUGAAGCUACAUGGCAUAAGUAAUCAAGCAACAGUAGGCUUUUUAACAUUAAUGGAAUCCCUGCGGUACUGCAAGGUUGGUGCUUUCCUGAAGUCUCCCAGAUACCCUGUUUGGGUCCUUGGCAGUGAAACUCAUCUUACAGUAUUCUUUUCCAAGGAACAAAGUCUAGUAGCUCCUGAAUCACCUUCUGAGCAGGCGAGAAGAGUAUUCCAAACAUAUGACCCUGAAGAUAAUGGGUUUAUACCUGACACAAUGCUAGAAACUGUAAUGAAAGACUUGGACCUAGUAUCGGAACCAGAGUAUGUAAACAUUAUGAAAACCAAAUUGGACCCUGAAGGCCUGGGGAUCAUAUUGCUGGGCACAUUUCUUCAAGAAUUUUUCCCAGAACAGGAGUCUUGUAUUCCAGAGUCAUUUCCUGUGUUCCACUAUAAUGGGUUAAAACAGUCAAACUUUAGUGAAAAGGUCAUGUAUGUUGAAGGCACUGCAGUUAUUUUGGGUUUUGAGGAUCCCAUGGUACGAACAGAUGAUACACCAAUUAAACGAUGCUUGCAGACCAAGUGGCCAUAUAUUGAACUGCUGUGGAACACUGAUCGAUCUCCCUCUCUAAAUUAAUAGUAUAGCUGCUGUAGUGAAUACUGUUGCAAGAGAAGUGUGUUGUUCAGUCAUCUAAAAUACACCCUGACGUCACUGGGUAUACCAGUGGAAAUUAUUUUUUUGUACAAAGUGCAAACGUGACUUUUAUAAAAUGCUGUUAAGGAACAUGUUAUUUAAAGUGACAAUGCAUGUUGUAUUAUUGCAUUAUUGUACAGUAUGUUUUAAUAUGUUUCCAUCAGUUAUACUUUUUGUACAUAUUUAUGUCAGGUUAUCACACUAACUUAAACAGUAGCUGGUAUUUAUGCAGUCUUUGGACCAAGCAUAUAUUUAGAUUAUUUAUGCACAGUUACAUCCUUCCUGCAUGAUCUGAAAUUAAAUAUGGGCUUUUAAAAAUACACGCAUAUGCAUAUUCCUUUACAGUUAUUAAAUUUAAGUAUGUAGAACACUGAAGGAUUCAUUUUCCAAAAUGAAAUGUAUAGAGCACUACAAACAAUAGUGAUUUCUGGUUAGCUGUAAAUUUUCAAAAUUUUUGUCUGUAUUGUAAAAUUUUUUACAUAUGAGUAGAGAUUGCACUGGGAAGAUGUUACAAGACUUUUGCACUGUAUCUUUCAAAAUCAGAUAGUUGUCAAAUGAAAAACUAUAGCUGAAUUAUUCAGUUUUAGCACUUCCUUUUAUCAAAUUACCAGUGAGAGAUGCGUUGUCAUUUGAUGUCAGGUAAAAGCAUUUCAUUAGGAAUCAGCUGAAAUGCGUACAAGUGAUAUAUCAGGAAAUAGGUGAUAUGUAUCCUCAUUCUAAGCUGAUCAGAUGUAUAACAAGUCCAAAAAUGUGUUUUCUUAAUGUAUCAAUUUCUAAUACCAACCCAGUUCUUUAAGCCUUUUGCUGUAUUAAAUGCAUGGAAAUGUCCGUAUGUUAGUGUUCUAUUUAUUACACUCAUUUGUUAAUGUUAAAUAAAUUCAGUCUGAUGGCUACCAUGUGUCUA